CUAUACUCAAGAAAGGGUUGGGAUUAGGGACGGACACAAUACAAAGCAUUCCUGGUUGAUGACAUCUCCAUCAACAUAUAAAGCCACGCACUCAAUGAAACUCAGUCAGACAUUCUAACACCAGCAAGAUAUCAGACAACUGCCUAACUAUGAACACUCCUGAGACAGCCUUGAGAUUAAAACUGGAAAAGCUGGAAAAGCUGGAAUGCCACUUCACGUGGGGAAUAACCGGCAGCAUCUCAAAACUGCGUUGGCUCAGAGAUCACCUGGAAGACAUCAAGACUGACGAGGGGUGCGCCUGGAUGGGUCACAUCUACAACCUCCUGGGUUUCAUACGCUACAGACAGGGCUCUACCGAUUCUGCCGUCCAGUAUCUCAGUAAGGCAGGGGAGGCCUUUCUCCAAAUCAACAACACGGUCUCAGAGGAGGGCCCAUGGCUGUUGGUCAACUAUGGAAACCUAGCCUGGAUGAACUUCCAUCUGAACAACAUGAAGGAGAGUCAGGACUACCUGGAGAAGGUGGAGGCUGUGAUGAGGGAUCACCCCUCUCCGUCCCAGGAGGAUCCACUGCACCCCGAGGUGUACGCAGAGAAAGCCUGGACUCUCAUGAAGUUUGGCCAGGCCGAAAUGGAAAAUGCAAUAGAAUGCUUCCAGAAGGCAAUUGCAAUGGAACCUGAUAGAAAGGAAUGGCAGACAAGCCUCGUUUUAGCCCUCAACAAAAUUCACGCCAGAUGCACUCCAGAAAUGGAGUCUGAGAUUUUGGAGAAACUUAGAAUGGCUAAGGAAGUUGAUCAGGAGAAUACAUACCUUGCUAGCAUUUACCUAGUAAGACUGGCUAAGAGUCAGAAAGUCUGUCAGGAUGAGAUACGAGCGCUAGCUCGGAGGAUUUUGAGUAGGCCUUGCAGUGCUAACAGUGGUCUUACACCCUUACUUGAAGUCUACAGAAUUUGCUUAACACAGGACGAAGCUAUGGACCUGGUACAGGAGGCCCUUGACAGAUAUCCAGAUAAUCGCAACUUGAAAGCCAAGCUUGCAGAAUUUUACAGGUGGAAAGUCUUUUCAAAGGAAGGCAUCCAUUGUACUAAGAGUUUCAUCGACAGAUGCAUCAGUCUGUUCCAGGAAGUGAUCACUCUUUACCCAGAAUCCUGCACGAAGGCCAAAUUGGACCUUGCAUCUAUCUAUGCUGUGUCAGGACGUGAUGGAGCUGAUGUGAUAUACGAGGAGUUACUGGGCAGACGUGACCUAGGGCGUGCUGAGUUACAAAUGCUGCACUUCGCCUAUGCCCAGCACCUGCAUUAUUAUCAUGUCCGUAGCCGAGACAGUCGAGACAGAGCUAUAGAUCAUCACAUGCAGGUUAUAGAAAUACAAAAGCAAAGCAAACAUUGGAGCAAGAGUGUCACGAUUUUGAAGCGAAUUGUGGAACGAGGACGAAACUACAGGUGUGCAGAAAUACGAGACUUUUUGGAGGAAAAUUCAGCCACGCUGUGAGGUAUGAGAAGGAGGUCUCAGAGAACUGUGCUCACCUACAAUAACUUUCAAGACUGCUAUUCAGACAGAUGUUUUGUUUGACCAGUGAUCUUCAUUAUUUUAUUCCAUUAAAAAAAAGAAGUUAAUUUGUGUAUUUCUGAUGAUUAAAAACGCAACUGUGAC